AUGACUCAGGCCGACACCGAGAAGGCGCUCCGCGACUUCGUGGCCGACACCUACAACCAUGAUGAUGCAGAGUACACCGUCGAGGACGCAAUGGUCGACGGCUUUCGCGAAGGCGUGAUGCUGCUCCCGCACCAAGUCAAGGCGCGGCAGUUCAUGAAGGAGCGAGAGACGGGCAAGGCCAGUGGCGGGAUCUUGGCCGACGACAUGGGUCUCGGGAAGACCAUCUCCACUGUCACCCGUAUCCUUGACGGUAGAGCCACCAAGAAGGACAAGGAGGCCGGAUGGAGCGGUUCUACUUUGGUUGUUUGCCCGGUCGCCCUCGUCUCGCAAUGGGAGAAUGAGGUCAAGAAGUACGCACCCUCUCUUCGCGUCGUCCAACACCAUGGCCCCAGCCGUACUUCAGACCCCAGGGAGCUCGAGCGCGCCCACAUUGUCGUAACAUCAUAUUCAGUCGUGACGUCCGAGUUUGGGGCAUACGCCCCGGCCAAGGACGAGUCUAAAGGCAAGAAGAAGAAGGGAAAGGGUGACUUUGACUCCGGUGAUGACGACGAUUCCGACUCGGAUGAUGCGGCAUUCCGAAAGAAGACGAAGGCUGCAUCGAAGCGUGGGGCCAAGAAAGACGCGCUCUUCCGCGUCAAGUGGUUGCGAGUAGUUCUCGAUGAGGCGCAUAACAUCAAGAACCGCAGCACCAAGGCCGCAACGUCAUGUUGUGCGCUCGAAGCGAAGUUCCGAUGGUGUUUGACCGGUACUCCCAUGCAAAACAGCGUCGAAGAACUCUAUUCUUUGAUCAAGUUCUUGCGCGUCAGGCCGCUCAAUGACUGGCAGACCUUCAACUCGCAAAUCGCCAAGCCUGUGAAAUCAGGCAAGCCCGCUCGCCCACUGAAGAGGCUGCAGGUCGUUCUUCGUGUCAUCAUGCUUCGCAGGACGAAGACGACGAUCAUCAACGGCAAGCCCAUCCUAGACCUCCCCGCACGUAACGUCCACGUUGUGGAAUGUGAGUUCGACACCGCAGAGCGCGCGUUCUACAACUCGGUCGAGCAAAUGGUCCAGACCAGUCUCGAGAAGCUGCAGCAGGGCAACAUCAACAAGUCGUACACCUCAGUCCUCGUCCUUCUCUUGCGCCUCCGUCAAGCGUGCAAUCAUAGGGGCCUGAUCUCGAAGGACUACGCGACGGAUCAAGAGGCCGUCGAGCCCAAGAGCGCCAGCCAGACCAGUGAGGAUGCCGACGAUCCUGCCGACGAGCUUGCUGCCAUGCUUGGUGGUCUCGGAAUCUCCCGCAAGCCGUGCCAGCUGUGCCAAAAGCCGCUCACGUCGUCGAACACCUGGAAGAACGACGUCUGUGUCGACUGCGAGGACGUCUACAAGGACGCGCUCGAGGCAGCGGCGUCACCGACCGGUCUCCCGCCGCAUUCAAGCAAGACGCGGAUGAUCGUGAAGAUCCUGCGCGAGGCGGAGGAGCGCGGGGAGGGCGAGAAGACGAUCAUCUUCUCGCAGUUCACGAGUAUGCUCGACCUCAUCGAGCCGUUCCUCCGGGCGGAGGGGAUGAAGUUCGUUCGCUACGACGGGUCUAUGGACAAGAUGUCACGCGACAAGUCGAUUGAGGACAUCACCAAGGUGAAGUCGACGAAGAUCAUCCUGAUCUCGUUCAAGGCUGGAAGCACUGGCCUGAACUUGACCUGCUGUAACAACGUCAUCCUGGUCGACCCGUGGUGGAACCCAGCACUUGAGGACCAAGCGUUCGACCGUGCGCAUCGCUUUGGGCAGACGCGGGCGGUUAACAUCCACAAGCUAUCCGUCAAAGAGAGCGUCGAGCAACGAAUCUUGGAGCUGCAGGAGAAGAAGCGCGCCCUUGCCGCAGCCGCGCUCGCGGGAGACAAGCUCAAGAACAUGCGUCUGGGCAUGGACGAGCUUGUCGCGUUGUUCCGCUCCUCUGGCCACGAUGACGACGAUGAUGACUAG